AUGAAGGCAGCCCAGGAUAGAAAAAAAUCAUACGCCGAUCUCCGACGUCGGCCUGAUGAGUACGAAGUUUGCGACAAAGUUCUACUCCAUGUAUCUCCGAUGAAUGGUGUGGUUCGUUUUGGUGCUCGUGGGAAGUUAAGCCCACGUUUCAAUGACCCGGAGCCGUUAGAGCUUGACAAGAGCCUAACCUAUGAAGAACAACCUGUUCAGAUUUUAGAUAGAAAGGUUCGUAGUACUCUGCGAAAGGAUGUUGCAAUGGUUAAGCGGAAUAGAAAUCUUAUAACUAUAUUUACACAAAAUGAUUGGGCACUGCUUUCUGACUAUACAACGACUCUAACCUUCAGGUAG